GCCCGGCCCGGCCCCGCUCCCGCCAUGGCCGCCGCCGCCUCCGUUACCGCUGCCCGCGCGGGCCGGCUCGCGCGCGGGGCCCCGGCCGCCGCACGCCGCCCACCAGGACGGCCGCCACAGCCAUGGAGGGAGGGAAAAAGCGCCAGGAUAAAGACACGUCAAAAGGAAAAAAAACACCUCAGGAUGCUUCAGGCACGGCUCCAACAGAAGGAAAGGCAAAGCCGAAAAACCGUAACACAUACAGACUGGAGCCACGUACUAAAGUUCAGGAUGGUUUAUUAAGAGACAAAGCUCAAGCAAUACUAACGAAUAAACUACAAGAAGCCACAUAUGAUGGAGCUUCUAGUCCCUUCUUGUGUGCUUCAAUCUCAGAAGAAAUAUUAAAUGCUGUGAAGGAAUUGGACUAUGACCGUUAUAAGUAUGUGGUAUCAGUGCUAAUUGUGGAAAAGGCAAAUCAGGCAAUGAUUGUUGCCAGCAGAUGCCUCUGGGAUGCUCAAAGAGACACUUGGGUUUCAGCUAAAUGUGAAACUGAUACAUUUAUUGCACUGGCUUUGGUAAUGGCUUGUUAUUACGACUAAAACUCUGAAAGUCACAGCUGCAUUAGUGCAUCAUAAUACAUGGUAUAUUUGAAAAUUUUCAAAACAUCACAAUUUUAAUAUUCUUAUUUGUCCUAUUGGUGUUUACACAUUCAAACUGACAUACAGGAGAUAAUUUAGCUCGGUUUUGCUCUGUUUAAAAUAAAACAACAAACAAAACUG